UUUGAGAGGGGGGGGGAGGGGCAGAGAGAGAGACACACACACACAGAAUCCGAAGCAGCCUCCAGGCUUUGGGCUGUCAGCACGCGGAACCCGACGUCGGGCUCGAACACUCCAACCGUGAGAUCAUGACCUGAGCCGAAGUCCCGCGCUUUAACCGGCUGAGCCACCCAGGCGCCCCUCCAGCAUCCUGGCUUUUAUUAGUGAGCAGUCUGACCAGCUGGGCCGUCCCUGGCCUCUUUGAUUCUCUUCCAGCAAAGAGUAAAGUUAUCUGAGACCUGCAAGGUCCUCAAGCCACAGCCGACCCCUUUUUGGAGAGGAACGUGGAGAAAGGAGCCGGAUCCCCUGGGCCCUCCGUCAAGCUUGUGAGGCAGGACCCUCCCCGAGCUGCAUGCGAAGGCGCGUCCGGAAGUUCAUGAAGCUGCUCCUACCAGGUCAAGACUCUUCUCCUGGACACCGAGUCUUCGCAAGGACUAUGCGAGGAAGGCCGGUCUCCCCGUUUUGCAGAUGAGACAGCUGAGGCACAGAAAAAUAAUUGACCAAGAUCACGCGGUCCGUGGCACAACCAGCCUAGAACUCAGGCUCUCUGAAUCCUUUUGCUUCAGCACGUUUAAUUUACUAACCAGUUUGUGCAACCUUAGAUUCCUUUUGAAUUUUCCCAGAAAAAAUGAAGAUAAUUUCGCGUGUAAUAUCGGAGUUGCUCAGAGUUACUGAAGCUCAUCCCAUGAUAAAAAGCAAAACAAAACAAAACAAAACACAUCCCUUUCCCCACUCUCCGCCCACAUACCUCACUUCGAAGCAAUUGUAGGAAUUGUGAUUCUCUGGGGGGCCUUCAGGGCCAGGGGUUUGAAGUGUAAUUCAACUGGAUCACCAUUACAGCUGCACGCCUCCGAGUGGCAGAUGGGGUGCAGAGAAGGUGGUGGGACAGGUGGGGGUGAGCGUGGAAGCGGACUCCUGGAGAAAGGCAGGGAAGUAUAGAGGAAGCAGUGGGGACUGUCCUGUAGGUUUCUGCUAGGGGUGGGGGAGUGCUGAGAAGGGAAGGGUCCUGGGCCCACCCACCUGAAACCCACGGGCCCAAUCCCUCCAGCAAACGGGAGAGCCCACCUCCCCACAUUGGGCCGGGCACUGCACCCGGGAAGGCCGGUCCAGCCGACCCACGUUCUCAGGGUUUGCUCCGAGUCCCAGGAGCCAGCGCCACAGUCCUCGGGUCCCUGUACCUCCCCCCACCCCCAGCCCCCAUCUCCCGUCCUAGUUUCACCCGUUUGGUUUACUGUACACAAAUCCCUCUUGUUUCCUCCUUGUAUAGCAGCUUUGACAACUCCAACUAGUUCAGGGGCUGUUUGGGUGAUUUUCUGUUUAGGAAACUGCCACUCAACGCCCCUUUGCUCUCCUGUUUCUUCCUGGUACCCCUUCCCCUCAAUCUAUUACCCUCCCAAAUUAGCAAACCUUUCUUGAUUUUGUUUCUUAAUAAUCAAAAUAACUAGCGAAAGGCUAAUGAUCCUCCCCCCCCCCCAAAAGCAAUAAACAAAAUAAAAGCCCAGGGUGCCAACCGCCAGCACACAGAGCCAGCUCUGGGAGAGGUUUGUAGUUCACUUUCACAUCCAGGGGAGAAGCACUGAUAUGCGUGUUUGCAAAAGCAGAAAUGUAGCUAGCAGGAGUAGACGCAGAAAAAAAAAAAAAAACAAAAAACAACCCACAAUAGUUGAUAAAAACAGGCUGUGUCCUCUUACAUGAGGGUUGCUCAGACGCCAGUUACUAAAAUCAGAUGGGGAGCGGGGGAAUAAAAAACGCGGACCCAUUGUGAGUUUCUCUGGUUAGGAGCGGAGGGCUUCGCGAAGUUUCUCAGACUUUAGGGCAGAGGCCGACCAGUUCCUUUGCUCUCUGGGCGACUUCUGCGUGACCCAGGACUCCUCUUUGAACCUCACAGUUUCAUCAUUGGAAAAAUGUCUGGCGCUGUGGUGGUGCAAAUAACGCAUAUCUGCUGUGGUCAAAAUUUCAAAUGCUCUAACGUAGAUGAACAAAUGCAUUUCAAAGAGUAUAAAAAACUACGCAAAAGGUGAUAAAACUGGUGUCAUGAGGUGGUGCCAAGAGAGAGGCACGAAGGGUCUGCGUGACUCUUUGUCCCAUGUCUGAGCGCGCAAGGCUCCCAAGUUACCCUCUUGAGACGCCCAGAGGGACUGAGCAGUCUCCUGGAAUAAGCAGAACUGUUCCUCUGCUUCCUUUACUGGACACUGCAAGAGGCUUUGGGGAGAAGCAUCCACACAAAAGGAAAUGCCAGUGUCCCGUUACCAGAAAAGCGCUUUCCAACUCCGCCAAAGGCUUGGGAAUACCUACCUGCGGGUCCCGCCGCGGGGUCUCGCCUUACUUCCAUAGUAAUUCCUAAACUGCCUCCUUUCCACCUCUCAGAACUUGGUUAAUUAACUUCUUUCCCCGGGCUCCGAGAAAGGAAACGUUAGAAUCAGUUCAGCGAUUUCCUUCCUUUAACGCAUAUUUAUCGCAGGCCUACUAUGUGCUCCGUGCAGCAGCACUCAGUCUCCCAAUUUGUCUCUCAAACCGAUCCCGUGAGGCAUUGAUUAUUUAAAGGGGUGACUAGACAAAACGCCGUCUAAGUGAUUUUAAAUUCACUUCAAUAAAUAAAAUGUAGCGUUGGAUUAAGGGACUAGUUCUUUAGACAUGUUGGAAGUUCAAUUUAUUAAACAUUUGUGUAAGGGAUUUUUGAGAGAGACAGAAAGUAUUUCUUUAUAAAUACAUUCAUGCACACUAAAGAAAGUCAUCUUAAAAAAUAGCUUCAUUUUAAAACAUGCUUAGAGUGGAUAUGUUGCACCUAAAUCUCUAAAUGGCACGUAUUUCCGCCCUCUCCCCCCCCAUCGGGGAAAAAUGACAUCGGAGAAAAAUGUAAGUGACGUCGGUGACUUGGCGACCCGCCGGCCUCACCGGUAAGAUGAAAGUUACGAAGAACUACUUUGCACUUUAAGGAUGAGCGGCGCUAGCCAUAAAAAUAUCUACAGAUCAUUUGUCCGCCAGUCUGGCGCUGUGGUGGUGCAGGGUGACCACUGAUUUAGCCUUGCAGGAGAAAGUAGGAUGCAGCUGUGUGCCCGAUUAGAAAGGCCUCAUUUCCAAGCCCAACUUUGGGUUAAUUACUGAGUCGCAGAAAUACUGGACUUGAUGAUAACGUAGAGACCAACACCAGUCUUUUCCGACCGCUGCCUUGAGCAUUACCUUCUUUUGUAAACAGUGCGAUUCGCAAGAGUGUGUUUCCUAUUGUCCGCGAGAUAAACGGCGACUUCACCCCAACAGACCACCGUCACACUUCGGGUUUAGCGCUGGGACAGACAACCCGGCUGCACCGAACGUUGCGCGGGUGGAUUCUGGAGGAGCGCCGAAGGGAGGGGCGCGACAGCCGCCAGGAGGCGGGGAGCGCCAGGCCGGCGCGCCUCGGCCAAUCAGCGUGCACACCGCCUGACAACCGUCCAAUUAGAGGGCGCGGUGCUCGGGGCCCCGAGCCGAUAAUACUAGGAAAGGGAGCAGAGACUAACUAUUGCAGCCAGGGGCGCUGCGCCGCACGCAGCUGCGUACGCCCGCCGGGAGAGCCCGAAAUCUGAGGCCAGGGCCGCCCAACCUUCCCGCCCAGAUUGGGUCACAGGAAGCAGAAAGCAGCUCCUGCGAGGUGAAGCGCUCGGGGCUGCCAAGGACCGAUUAGAACUUUGCGGAGUCCGGGAUGUGCGGGGCGAGGCUGCUGAGGACUUGAUUCAUCUUCUCCACCCAUCCCCCGUACUCCCCGUCCACUGGGCUCUGAGCCUCCAGCUGUCAGCCCCCGAUUUCGUGGCAGGGUGUGGCGACCCUGAUUUGUAUUUGCAAGCACAGCCAGCAGCCCAAGAGCCAGGUCCUAAAGCUGGAUAUCUUUUGCCUCGGCUGCUAGCUCGGGCCUCAGAGUCUUGGGCGCGGGAGACUGAGCGUAGGCCGGAGCCCGAGCGCCGCGCCGCGCGCCAUGGCCGACCGGCCCGCGGGCCCGGCGGCCGGGGACUGGGAGAUCGACGUGGAGAGCCUGGAGCUGGAGGAGGACGGCCGCGGGCCGCCGCCGCCUACGCCGCCCGGGCCCAGCCCGCCGUCGGCCGACGGGGACGGCGAGGACGACGAGGACGAGGACGAGGACGACGACGCGGAGGAUGAGGGCGACGGCCUGGAGGCGGGCGCUUCCCCGGGGGUGCAGGGCCGGCCGGAGCAGCAGCGGGGAGCGCCGCGGGGGCCGAUCCCCGCGCCGCAGGCCUCGCCGGCGCCGGCCGGACCCCCGGAGCGCGGCGCGAACGCGGGCGGCGGCGCGGAGCCGCGCAAGCUCAGCCGCACGCCCAAGUGCGCGCGCUGCCGCAACCACGGCGUGGUGUCCUGCCUCAAGGGCCACAAGCGCUUCUGCCGCUGGCGCGACUGCCAGUGCGCCAACUGCCUGCUGGUGGUGGAGCGCCAGCGCGUCAUGGCCGCCCAGGUGGCGCUCCGGAGGCAGCAGGCCACCGAGGACAAGAAGGGGCUUUCCGGGAAACAGAAUAAUUUCGAGCGCAAAGCCGUGUAUCAGAGGCAAGUCAGGGCACCCAGUUUGCUGGCCAAAAGCAUUUUAGAAGUUCUCCUUGGAUUAUUCUCCACCUGUAACAAUGUCCAUAAUGAACCGUCUUUAGAAAAUAACAAUGCCAUCAGCUUUAGGCUACCGCCCAAUUCCAGCAGAGACUUAUGUGGGAGGGAGCUUACCCCUACCUCCCCCGGUAAGUGACCGGAUGAGGAAAAGGCGAGCCUUUGCUGAUAAAGAGUUGGAGAACAUUAUGCUGGAGAGAGAAUAUAAAGAGAGGGAGAUGCUGGAAGCUUCCCAAGCUGCUGCCUUGUUCCUGCCCAACCGUAUGGUGCACGGAC